UAUAUAGUAUUCUGUUGAACGUAAUGUCAUCAAAUAGAACAUCUGUGCCUGCUCACUCUGCUCUAUCUGUUUAACCCAUCAUCACCAAUUCCCCGAAGGCAUUAUCAACUGGGAUUUUACCUGUUUUUUGCUUUACAAGGUUGUAGACAAACAGGAUGUGCUUCCCACUGCAAGUUUUUUUCAUCUCCAUUUGUGGUUAGAAAAUGGAUUCUUUUUAUAGAAUCCAACUGUAAGGAGCCUAAAUCUUACUAUUGACAAGUUGCAGGGCAAGUGGACUUGAGGGAGUUACUUGGCAGCUGCUCGAGGCCAUGCGUCAUGCAAGCCUUCUGUUAGUUGUAUUUCUGUUAGCUUCUGUUAGUUGGCGGGUGUAUAAAUAAGGAGACUUGUAUUUUGUUAAUGGAUUCUGGAAGUUAGAAUAAGAUGUUCAUUUGUGAACUUGGAGGCAUUUGGCUCCUCGAAUUGCCAAGGGUUUGAAUACAAUUUUUCUUCAUCUUUCUCCUUUAAUCUUUCCCUCUCAAAUCUCUCUCAAUCUUUCUCAUUUCUAUCUUAAAAUCAGUAACAGCUAUUCGGUACCGUUACAAUUGGUAUCAGAGCACCGAUCUAUACUUCCGCUCUGUUGAUUUGAUCAAUCCAGAUGACUCAAACGAAUCAAUCGGCGCUGAAAUAUUCUGCUGAUGGAUGUGGAUGGAACGACGGAUUUGCUGGAUUUUAUCUCGUUCUUGGAGUUCCAGAGCAUGUGCAGAAGAAGCAAGAAGCUGAGCGGAAAUUUCAACAAGCCGAGCAACAACGAAAAGCUGCAGUUAUCGCACUACUUGAUGAAUUUCUUGAGCAGAAUGCUACGUACGCCAGAAAGCUCCAGGAGUUGCAGCAAGAGUAUUCGCGGAAGACUCAAGAAGCCGAGCAGAAGUCUCAAGAAGCUGCUCAGCAACGAUCUGACGAUUUGACAGCUGCAAUUAUGGCAAACACUCGGAAGAAUCAGGGUAGCCUCUUCAGCAAAUUUUCUCCGGAGGCGGAACAUUUGGCCUUGGCCUUGAACGGGAGAGAAACGCUUGAAGUUACGGAGAUCGUUCCUCUAGCAAUUGACUCCAUGGAGGUUGAAGAGCUACCUCCAGUUAUUGAGAAGGUAGAAGACCUAGGCCAAAUCAAGAAAGGAGAAGAAGAGAAGAGAGACAAAAUUCAUCCAGCAACAGAUCAGGUUGAGGAUACCUUCCUGUUUGACAAAAUUCCUCAACCACACAUAAGUGAGUCUCUCGUGGUGAUGCACCUUCAAGAAUUGGUGGAGCCUUCUCAAGAAGAAGAAAACUUGUGUGCGGAAAGGGAGAAUCUGAAGUUCGAAUUCAGAUACAUGAAAUGUGGAAAGCAAAAUUGGAAAGCACCACAUACAUCAACGUGGACUUUGUGCAUGCAGGACCUUGUAUGAACGUGCAGAACAUCUCUAAUCACACCUUGUAUUCCUUUGUGUCUCCCCACUUGCGUGAGGAUGCAGUGGAUUUUGUUGUCCUUAAGCAUAGGUGGCGUUGGAAACAAGUGGAAGAAGAAGACGAAAUGAGAAUGGCAGUGAAGAGAGAAGCCAUUCUGUUACCCUCUCAGUUAAGCCUAACGCAUGAAAUUGACACUGAGGGCCCAGACGCUGGAGCAGUGGAUUAAGUUUUGCUGGCCAUGUCUACCUUAUUAUCUGUAAGAGGGAACGUAUUAGUCUAUUAGAAGAAGGUAGAUAAGCUCCUACGUGUCCAUGUGAGGCUGAAGUUGUAGAUUGGUGAGGACCGGCUGGUGCCUUGCUGCCAAUUGCAAAUAACGUGUAGAAUUUGAGUCCACGUGGAAGCAAUAUAAAUAAGCUUGGGUUGCUUGGCUCAAUGUGGAGGCUUUAUUUUUUCUGAAUUCCAAUAAUUUUAGUUACAUCUUCGCUCCAAGUAGAGGUGUCCUUUUAACAGUUCCUAGAAGUUGCAGUGGUCAGCUAGCUUUUAGCUUCUGAUCAUGUGUAAGAUAGGAAGUUCAAAGCUCACGUGAUGAUUUCAGGAGGCCAAGUAGAGGUGUCCUUUUAACAGUUCCUAGAAGUUCCAGUGGUCAGCUAGCUUUUAGCUUCUGAUCAUGUGUAAGAUAGGAAGUUCAAAGCUCACGUGAUGAUUUCAGGAGGCUAGCUUACCUUUCUUGAAAUUAGCACUUUGAGGGCAAGGGCAAGUGGACUUGAGGGAGUUACUUGGCAGCUGCUCAAGGCCAUGCGUCAUGCAAGCUUCUGUUAGUUGUAUUUCUGUUAGCUUCUGUUAGUACGUUGGCGGGUGUAUAAAUAAGGAGACUUGUAUUUUGUUAAUGGAUUCUGGAAGUUAGAAUCAGAUGUUCAUUUGUGAAAUUGGAGGGCAUUUGGCUCCUCGAAUUGCCAAGGGUUUGAAUAAAAUUGUUCUUCAUCUUUCUCUUUUAAUCUUUCCCUCUCAAAUCUCUCUCAAUCUUUCUCAUUUCUAUCUUAAAAUCAGUAACAGCUAUUCGGU